AUGGCAGAGAUUAUCGCUGUCGCGUAUGUUGUAGACGCAUCGCUGACACUCGCCACGGAGUGGAGGCAAAUCGUGGUGGAGUACAUCCCUGCUCUCCUGCAUCGCCUGGGAGAGCUGCACACCAGCCCGCAUUUCCGGUUCGCGGUUGUGGCCUACGGACCUGCCGAGACGAGGCCAACGCCUCUGCUCGGAAAGCUUUUCUUCGGAAAUCCGCAAGCGAUCCUCAAGGAGCUGCGCGAGGAACCCAUGAAGAUGGGUCUGGGGCUCACUGGUUCAGGGGACUCGACUGGUAUGGCUGCCCUCGAAGGUCUCGCUGCUGCAAUUGAGUUGUUCGACAUGCUGAAGGAAUCUUUGGAGGUCAUGACCUCGCACAUCAUACAUGUGGCGGCUGCACCUCCCGACGGGUCCGAGCAUCCUGUCUGGAAUAUCGCCCCCAACCUCGAUGAAGUGUCUUGGGCGACUCUGCCUGUAGAGCUACAAAAGAGGAAUAUAAACUACAGCAACAUUUUGCUGAGGCAGCUGCCUCGUUUCCAGGAACUACAUGCUUCGGCAGCAGCAGGCUCGACGCAACAACCUUGGUUCACGGUCCGACCCCAACACAUCUUGCACCUGAGCGGCUUCCCUACCGCUCAGCAGAAGGGUACGAAGCGCUCCGUGGAUCUCACUCACUCGGUGGGUCGCACCGCAGAACCCAAGCGACCCAAGAUGGAAGCUCGUCCAUCGUCGCCCCCGCCAUCCCUCGACAGUAGUCCUCCCGGGCCGUCGUCACAGCCGCCCCAGACCGCCGUCGCCGCUUCGCAGCCCCCUCCACAAAAUCAGCCGGUAUCUCAGCCGCCUCGUCCGUUGCGUCAAAACGUGGCGUUGCCGGACGCCCAGUACGUCUUUCAACUCAAUCAGGCCCACACAAAGAAGAAACAGGAGCUGGCGGAGCAUAAACAGAUGGGUCGUGCGAAGGAGGCAGCGGAAACGGAGAAGGAGCUACAGAAGCUACAGAUGGCCCUUCGGCAGAACCAACUCCGCUUACUGAAAGCCCGCCAGCUGCUAGCGCAGUCGAGUCAAGCCGCAUCUUCAGCGAACAACAACACCUCACGCCCCGGCUCGACCGCCGACGCAGCGCCGACCGGUACAGGUGCUCUAGCAGAAUCUUCGUCUAUGCCACCAAUGAACAAUACUGCGCCGUCGUCGUCGAAUGUACACCCGCAAAGCGAUCCAAUGCCCGACCUUGCUGGAGCCCACACUAAGGAGGCUACCUACAUGGCCCCCACUCAGACCGAGCCUGUAGCACUCGCGCAGACUACUUCCUCCUCGACGGCACAGAUACCCCCGCAGCCGCCAGGACCUGAUCUACCGAAUCUCCCGUCCUUGGCUUCCGGCCCACUAAACGAGCCACCGUCGCCCGCCAUGGUCAAGAGUCAGGUCCCGCAGCCAUCCCAAGGUGCUCCCUCUAUUUAUGUCCCCGUGUGGGACGGGCCUGUCACCUGGGUCGAUUCUACGACUGGCCGGCCGAUGCAGGCUCACAUGGUCGUUAAGUCACUAGAUGCCUUGCGUGCGCUCCAGUGGCCGCAAAGUUUAACAUUGGAGCCGACAACUGAGUUCAGGCUGCAGAUCACCAAAUUGCAGGAGUGGUUGAAGACGCGCUCACCCGAAUUCAUACCAACGAUGCUGAUGCCCCAUAGUGGCGCGAGCGACGCGAAGCAGAAUGAAGAGCGUUGCAACGCCAUUUGGCGGUCCAUCGCAUCAUCGCACAGAUACGCGGUGGUCGGCUUUCCAAAUCCCUCUGGUAUGCCUUCGUUGAAGCAAUUGCUGCUGUUCCCUUCUCGGCCUGGACACUUUGCUGGCGCAUACUUCACCGGCCCAAGCGGCAUUCCCGAGCUCCCGCCUCUGCUUGUGGGAGGCUUCCGCGUCUCCGCGGUCCCCCUGCACAUGUCCGAGUUGUUGCUGGGCUUGAGCCCGAAGGACGCAGCCGAACUGGAGACCGCGGGCCCGCGCGAGAAGCAGGUGAAGCUUGCAGAGCAUCUGCGCAUUUACAGUCAGCGAUUGCAAGAACAACAGCGGUUACGCAUGCUGCAGGUACAGCAAAACCGGCAAGCCGCUGCACCUCCCCAACCUCAGACGCAACCCCAAACGCAAGAUGCGAUGCAGGGGAACACGACGAUUGCCACGAUGGGGCCUCCUAUAGUGACCUCGCAGCCGUCACAGCAGCAACAGCCUCCUUCCCAGCAGCGCCAGCCCAUCCCGCCGAACAAUUUGAACACUCUCAUCCCGAUGAAUCCGUUCGUGAACGACGUAAGACCAUCUCUAGAUCAGAUGCUAUCGCUCGGCGGAGGCAACCCUCAACCACAGGCGCAGAUGCCUAACAGGGUGCCGAACGCAUCUCCCAAUGCCAUGGGCAUGCAUCAGCGCGUACCGAGUGGAGGGGCAGGCAACGUGAACAUGGGCGGGAUGAGCGGCGUCAACCUCAGUCAUGAGAUGAUGCAGUCGUUCAUGCAACGACGUCAGGACGGAUCGGGAGGCGGAGGCGGGGCGAUGAGCGGCGGUAUGGGUGCAGGAUUUGGAUUGUGA